AUGCCCAUGCUAGACAAGCCAAAGAAGGCGCCAGGCUGGUCGAGCUCUCUCCGCGACGACGACUUCUCCUCGGACGACGAUGCCGGACCUCGUUCGCUCUCAACGUCUCGCGUUGCUCGGACGGCUGGAUUGGGGGACGAGGACGACGAGGAAGGCUUCGUGUGGGGCUCAACAACAGACUUCGUGGACAUCGGCAUGGUCGACGAGCCGGCCAGCUUGAAGUUUGUCGAGACGCCGUUGACCUUGGCGAAACGGACGGGCGCGACGGGCGGUAAGGCGGCGCAAUCUGACGCGAAGCAGAAGGAGAAGCCUAAAGCUACCGUGCCUCCUCCGCCUGCAAAAGCCCGACCUGCUCCCCCGCCAACUUCGCUUCUCGAUCAGAAUAUGUUGGCUCAGAGUGCAUCAAAAGCCGGCCCAGCAGCAGCAGCGCCGCCAAAAACGCCCGCCAAGGCGAAGACCACGGCGACCUUCAAGCCUCUCCAGCCUCUUUCAGCCGCGCCUGUCGCGCCUCGUGCCCCAGUUGCGCCUAGACCUGCUCACAAGGCUGUUCCGCCGAGCUCGCCUAUCAAGACGCUCGACCGCAUUACCGCGCCUCCUCAGCAUCCGAUGCCUUCGAAACAGCCUGUUCGCGCCAGGCCUGCGCUCGGCACUCCUGCUGCAAACCCGUUCCGUCCCCCAGGAUCUCGCAUGGAGCCGUCGACCUCUUCCAAGCAGUGCUCGCUUCUACCGGUGACGGCUGUGCGCAAGCCUGCUGCGUCUUCGGUUUCUCUCGUUUCCAGUUCUGCUUCUUCUUCUGCUCGCCGUGCAGGAUCUCCUGAUGGCUCGACUCCUCCGACUUCUCCUCGCCCUCGCUCGAAGCCCUCGAAGGCAGCUGUCGUUCCCACUUCCCGCGACGGCUCUUCCAGCCCUCUUCCGCAGUGGCAGGCUCCUCUGCUGCGCCCUCAGCCGGUCAAGGGCUUUCAGCAGCCGGCGUCGCCUGCGCCUGCGCCAACGACUCCGAGCGAUCGCUUGCUGAGCGCGCAGGCAACUGUUCCUCCGCACCGUCGUUCGCCCAGCAUGGAUACGACCGCUAGGAAACGCCGCUUUGCCGAAACUAACCCUACUCACGCAUUCGCCGACCAUCCGAGCGCAGGUCUCGCUCAUUCGUCCAGCGAAGUUAGCCACGAGACUCGUGCUCGCCUCGACCGCUUCCGCUACAUCGGCAACUUCGGUACGACCUCGAAGACUAGCUCGCCUGCUUCUACGACUCACACAGAACCGGCGGCUAAGCGUUCACGAGAGGCUACUUCCGAGAGCAUUGCCUCGUCCACAGCUCGCGAAGGCAGCACGUCUACGCCGACAACCGCACGCUUCACACUUCCCGGUCUCGCGCCUCCGUCCGCCCCGAAGCGCCCCUCCAACCGCCUCGCUUUCGAGCCCGCCGAACCGCUCUCGUCUUUCCAAGCGCGCAUGUCUUCCAACAAUUCGCGCUCAUCCUUCGUCAGCUCAAACUCGCACGACAACAGGGACGGGAGGGAGAAAGUCCUUCUCGGUGCCGCGGUUAGGUCUGUCAAGCCGAUUCUCUCGACGAGGUUUGGCGGUAGUGCGGGCAAGAAGAGGAAGCUCGGCAAGGGCGUGCCGCUGGUCGUGCCGCGUGAGAAGGCUGCGCAGGAUGAGGAGGAAGAGAGCGCUGAGGCGAGGUUGAGAAGGUUGUAUCGCAGUCUCGAUGGGUGA